AUGGCACCCAACCCCGAUAUCCUGUACAAUCCCUCCGAUCAUGGCGAGCCAAACUCAAUGCUUCCUGAGGAAGUAAUCGGUCAUAUCGAUCUAAGAACAUUAACGGAUAUUCACCGGUACCUUUGCGAAAGCGAGUUGCAGGAAGACAUUGAGCUCGCUGCAUGGAUGUGGGAAAACUACCUCGAUGGCCUCCAGAAUGGUUCCUCAACAGCAGAGAUCCGUACAGCCCAAGCAUUCGGCAAAUUGGACAGGGCUUAUCGCAGGGUUCGAUCUCUUACCAACAAAGCCCAGGACAAGUGGCCAUUCUUCGACAGAAACUUCAAGGAGAUGUCAUCAGCUACGGUUCGAAACAAUGCGCGCGGCGAAGCCGCUCCUGGUAUUAUGUAUCCAAUUGACGGACUGCAGAGGAAAUCACACCUGACUGGACUGUCGUCCAAAGGGACUACCAAGUCUAAUGUGUCCUCGAGACCAGAGCUACAAGCUCCUUUUGACUUUACCACACCUGCCCGCUAUCAGUCACAGUUCCAGGAUCAUCUCCACUCGACUUCUGUUCCUCUUCCAUCCAAUCUUUCUGCAAGGUCUUCUGAUCCACCGAACUCAGAAACGCAACAUGUAGCGCUGGAGCAUCCUUCAUCUUCAGUAGCUCCUUUCCAGAAUACUCAAGAGUCCAGAAGUUCUUUCCCCGCCUCAGACGGCCAGGCAAAGCCCCAGUCAGAAUCGCUCCGGCCUGACGUACCUCAAAUCGAAGAAGCGUUUGAUCACGAUAUGCCACAAGACAAACUUGGCGCUUCUUUGUCAGCACCUAUUGGUGACGCCAUGUUACGCCACUCCGAUUCCCAGCCCACCGGAGACCUUGAACCAGAGGCACCAGUACGAGAUGCGGGCGCCGGCAAGGUCCGCGGCCCAAACGGACGCUACAUGCCCAGAGACGAUAUUACCCCCGGAUCAAAGAAGACAAAGAAGCCAAAAAAAGGAGGGAAAAUCCAAUCGAGCAUAAGCAAUCUGAACAAAAAGGAAUCUUCAGUGCCCAAGGUUAUCUCCCAAGAACCCGAAGCUGCACCAGCCGAAGGUGAAGGACCAUUUGCAGAUACCCAAUCAUCUUCACCUGCAGUGCUUAGCCAGGAAGCUGAGGGGCAGCAUGAAGUUCAGGAAGAGGCCAGCGUAUCUCUAGCUAGUCGUGCUCUAGCACCUCCCACAGCCGUCGAUGAGCCAGAAGCCAAGGAAGAGAAAGCGGCUCCGCAUCACGGACCUAUCUCUGCGUACCUACUUGCUGCUGAAGCUGAAGCCGUCCCUUCCAAUCUAGAUAGGCUACCUCCAAAUUCAAGGAAGUCCAACAAGAGAAAGAGCGAGUCAACUGUUCAAUCGGGAGACCGUAAGCGAGGGAAACACGGUGGCAUAGUCGGCCGCCCAAGGAAGUCUGAGCAGCGCAAAGGUCAGGAAUCCCAACAUGAUACAGCUUCACCACAGGGAGCGACCGCCAUCGACGCUGAAGGCCCACCUCAAAUGACUACAUGUCGAGCCACUCGACAAACGGCUGCCGCAAAUCUGGGUACCUUGACAUCCAGCAAGCCGACAGCAAAUAUCCAACCCGACGUACCAGUUGAACGGUUCACUCAUUCCUCGAAAAAGUCGCAAAAGCUACCACAGAAUCAAGAGAAGCUAUCCACAAGUAAUGGCGAUACGGAUAUGGGUGAAGUACAAGAGAAUGCGCCUGCUACCCAAGAAAAGAUGUCAGAGAUGCCUUCAUUGCCUCCGAGAACCUCAGAUAACCAUCUAUUGAGUUUCGGUAUGGGCAGGAUUAUCUCCUCUGUACUUCCUCAGCCACUCUCACGCCCACAAGCAUACCAGUCGCCCUAUCAACCUAUACCAUCGCCGCCGCCAUCUGCAUCGGUCGCUGAUGAGACGAUGAACAAGAGCGCAAAAUCUGUAAACCUGCCUGGUCAAGUAGAGUAUUUCGCCCGUAUAACUACAGGCAACGGCGAUAGCAUGGACUUACCUAUUGAAGAAGACCGAGUGGAGAGCGAUGAGGUGAAGAUGAUUAAGAGAUACGCCAAAUAUAACGCUGGACCUGGUGUGGGGCAAGUCUCGUACACACAGUUCCGACAGAUAUAUGCUUUCGCGAAACAGGACUAA